AUGAGGAGCAACGUCCACCUCUUCUGUCCGAUGGACUACCGCAAGUACCCUUUUGACUCUCAGAGUUGCAUCAUCAAGAUCGUCUCCAACGAUCUGUCCGCGGAGAAGCUGAUGCUUCGGUGGACGGAGGACGAGCGCGCCCAGCUGACCAUCGACGACAACAUGUACAUCAGCAGCCACUCGCUGGAGUUCUACUCGAUGAGCAGCGGCACUAGUCGGGUCAAGGAUGAAUGUGAAGACCUGAAGACGCACGUGAAGGAGAACAACCUGCAGGUGAAGCUCGUCUCCUUCCUCGCCAACGCCGACCCCAGCGCCGAGCAGUACGCCGAAGUGACCAAGCGAAGUUGCGCCCAGUCGGGCAUCACCUUUGAACUUCGAAAACUGAACCGGGAGGCGCUGGAGGAGGCGAUCAUCGCCGCCAAUGACGACGACUCCAUCCACGGCAUCCUCGUCUACUACCCGGUGUUCGGCGGUGGCCACGACCAGUACAUUCAAAACUGCGUCGACCCUUUUAAAGAUGUGGAAGGUCUCUGUCAUCUCUUCCGCUUCAACAUGUACCACAACAUACGGCACAUUCACGGCCGCAAGGACCUGAAGCCGGUCAUUCCCUGUACGCCGCUGGCUGUGAUCAAGAUUUUAGAGUACUGCCAAGUGUACGACGAGGACGCCCCCUACGGUAAUCAGCUGCACGACAAAACCGUUACCAUAAUCAAUCGAAGUGAGGUCGUGGGCAGACCGCUGGCCGCCCUGCUCGCCAACGACGGCGCCAAGGUCUACUCGGUGGACAUUGCCGAUGUCCUGCUCUUUCACCGCGGCCACAAUCUGCAGUUCAACAAGUACCGCGUGGAGGACUGUCCGGGGCUGAAGGUGGAGGACGUCCUGCCUCGCUCCGACAUUGUCAUCACCGGAGUGCCCAGUCCCAACUAUCGAGUUCCGAUUGAGCUGCUCAAAG